CCAGUGUUUGUGAAGUGGCGUAUGGCAGCAUGUGAACAAUUGAAGGAAAUGGCAAAAGUUGCAGAAGAAACGUUUCGAGAUCACAGUCACGUCUUACCUGAUGGAUUUUGGUCCGCUGUGGAUGUAUGGAUUCAUAAACCUCACGUUAUCAAUAAGAGAUUAUGCGGCGUGCAAAUAGAAGAGAGCGGAGAAGUUCCCGACUCCGAGCUCGAGGACCGACUGACCGCUUUAUGUUAUAGUGAACCCCCAAAUAUUAAAGAAGUGGUAAACCUUUUGAAAUACGAUGGCGUAGAGAACAUGUUUCAUCGUCAUGAAAACAAAAUGGUUAUCGUACGCACUCUAAUCCCCAAAGUAAACAACACAGACGGUUUAUUUAACAAGGAAAUUAUUGUAAAAGAUCCUGAAAGUCAUUGUGUGACUUUUCUGCCUUUAGAGAGCAAUGAAGGAGGAAGUUUUGCUCUCAAGAAAAGUAACAUUUAUCAAAUUCAGCUUAAGCAGAUUUCAUGUGAAGAAUGGUCAGUAUUGAUUUUAGCAAUGAACAUUGAACAGUGGUAUUCAGAUGCCAUUAUUUACCCUAAAUGUGAAUGGCUGGGCAGUGAACUGUUACCAAAAAUAAUUAGAUGGUCAACCGAAAUCAAAAGGAGUGAAUUUAAAAGUACAUUAUCACUUAUUCCAAUGGCUAAAUAUGGGAAUUUAUAUCAGCAGCUAAAGGAGAAAUACAAAGAAAUGGUUAAAGUAUGGCCUGAAGUCACUGAUCCAGAAAAAUUUGUUUAUGAAGAUGUUGCCAUUGCAACAUAUUUACUGGUAAUGUGGGAGGAAGAAAGGAAGGAAAAGGGUUUAAUAGAGAAGCAGUCUUUUGUAGACCUAGGAUGUGGAAAUGGCCUGCUUGUUCAUAUUUUAAGUAAUGAAGGGCAUUCUGGUAAAGGAAUUGAUGUCAGAAAACGAAAGAUCUGGGACCUUUAUGGAAAACAAACUUGUUUAGAGGAAUGUGCAAUAAUCCCAAGUGAUAGCUUUUUAUUUCCAAAUUUCGACUGGCUGAUUGGCAACCAUUCUGAUGAACUCACACCAUGGAUACCUGUAAUUGCAUCAAGAUCUUCUUAUUCUUGUCGGUAUUUUGUGCUACCAUGUUGUUUUUUUGAUUUCCAUGGGAAGUACUGUCGCAGACAGUGCAAGAAGACACAGUAUAGAGAAUACAUAGAUUUCAUUACAGAAGUUGGAUCUGUUUGUGGAUUUCAUGUUGAAGAAGAUUGUCUGAGAAUUCCAUCAACAAAGCGGGUAUGCUUGAUUGGGAAGUCUAGAACAUACGAAAUGACACGAGAGCAGCAUGUGGAAGAAGGCCGAAAAGAAUACAUAAACAGUAGAUGGCGCAGUUCAUCAAACAAUAUUACUGCAGAAAAUGAACCGGCUAACAAGGCACAACUUGGUUGCAAAGUACCCAACAGCUGCAUUCAUAAUGUUCCUAUGAAUGAAAUUAGCCCAAGUUGUGUCACCCAGGAUUGGGUAACAGGAUUUCAAGCUAGAGAAAAAGUUGAACAAACCCGAAACUGUGCCAGUCUUCCACGUGCAUUCAUCGAUGAAGUAGUCUUGAAAGUGGCAAAAAAAUUACUUGACUUAAAUAAAGAGCAAACAAAUGAGGAAGGUAAAACAUCAUGGAAUAGAGGAGGAAGUCUUACUGUUAGAGAAAUAGCUGAACUUCUAGAUCAACACACACUGCAAACUUUAAAAAAUGAGUGUGGAGGCUUACAAACACUGCUUAAAAAUAAUCAUCAGGUUUUUCAAGUUCUCAAGGGGAGAGUUCAACUUCGUGAUUGGAGAGAAGAAGCAGGAAUGAACCGGAUUAAACCAGAUGCAAAAAGAAAGCUGCCUUCUGAGGUUUUCAAAACAAGAUUAUGCUGGUUUUUCAUUAAUCAUCCUGAUGGCUGUCCGAUUCUUGCAGAGACUUGUCAGUUUGCACAUGGGUCAGAAGAACUUCGUCCUUCACUGUUUAGGAAUAAAAAGAUAAAAUAACAUUAAAUUCUGUAUUGUACCUAGUGAGAACUGAAUCUGUUCAUUUAUGAAAUAUUUAACUUCUAAUUAUGAAGUUUGCAAUUUCAGGUUGCAGACAUGGACUUUUGUAAGAUUUUCAGGUUAGCCUGUGAUUUUUGUAAACUAGUAAAGAAGUUUUAUUAAAUUUAUAUUUUAUUCAAUAUCCUGUUUUGAUCAACAUGGAUCAUGACGAACUGGAUCACUGUUAUUAUUUUUUAUGUUAAUAUACUUGGGUAAAGUUCUGCAAGAAUUAUUUAUUAAAAUACAUCUUAACAUUAA